GGACACAGGAGGAGGAGCGCGCCUUAACCUCGCCUCCUACAGUAGUGUCAUUACCAGGUCCAUCAGCUGUGUCACGUCCACUGCUGCUGACUAGUGUUGUGUUGUGUCGGCCGGUGUUCACCUGUGUGUGUGGUCGUCGCCUCACGAACUGAGUGUUACAAGUAGUUAGGAUUUAUACAAACUGCCGUCCUUCUCCAGCCGUCCACCGUCUAGUGCCUGUCACCUAGCAUAACCCAGUCGCCCGUCCUGCACCACGCCAGGCCAUCAACCAAGAUGCAGGCAGCACCCGUGUACCCGCCGUGUGCCUUUCCUCCGUCGUUCGCGGCCUACUGUAACUUCCAGCAGUACAGGUAUUCCCAGUACCAGUGGCAGAAUAUUCAUAACGGGUUUAGUCCACACACUCACGCCAAGCCCAUCGUCCCUCCGUCAGCGCCCCCGCCUCAAUGCUACAGCAGCCAAGGAAAGAGUGGUGGAAAAGAUGGAGAGGAGAAGAAAGAGGGCGGGGAGUGGGAGCAAUACAAUGCAGGAGCAGCUUUUCUUGGCCCAACACUGUGGGACAAGACGCUCUCCUACGACUCCGAUCUUAAAGUCUCUCUGGAAUAUAUGGAUCUCGAUGAGUUCCUGAAUGAAAAUGGCAUCCCAGUUGAUGAAAAUGCUAAAGCCAAUGCUGCAAAUCGUAAUGGGGGCAGUAGUGGAAGUGCUGAUCACAACAGCAGUACCAGCAGCAUUAGUAACAGCAAUAGUAACAGCAACAGUAAUAGCAACAGCAACAGCCUUUCUCCUGAGACACCGUCCUCCCCUGACAACCCUAUCAUGGGGUCAAGUAUGGGAGUGGUUCCUCAGACACCUUCAGGCUUGGCUGCUGUCCCUACUGCCCCUAUUACUGUGCCCCCCCCUGCCCUCUCUCCUCAAGACUAUGUUGGUGAUGGCUAUGUCUCCUCACCAGACUCUUCAGAACCCCACUCUCCAUCCCUUCAGGUCCAUGAACCAGUACCGGGACAGGACUUUGACCCGCGAACUCGCUGCUUCUCCGAGGAGGAGCUCAAACCACAGCCCAUGAUCAAGAAGAGCCGCAAACAGGGAUCUGUGAGUCCCUCGGCAAAUGGCAUCAUUGAUCAGUUUGUUCCACAUGAGCUGAAGGAUGACAAAUAUUGGGCUCGGCGCCGAAAGAAUAAUAUGGCUGCCAAACGUUCUCGUGAUGCUCGCAGACUCAAGGAAAAUCAGAUAGCAAUGCGUGCCAACUUCUUAGAAAAAGAGAAUAAUGCCCUGACUGCAGAGUUGCAGAAGGCUCAGGCAGUGAUGGAAUCGCUUAAGAAGAGACUGGCUAUGUAUGAGGCAGUUUAAAAUGCCACAACUACUCCCACACCUCUGAACUUGGCACUGAGGAUGCAGAUGGAAAAGAUAGUAAAGGAGGUGGAUUCUCUGAAGACUCGUCUGGGCAAGUAUGAGAAAGUGUAAAGACACCACUACUGUGUAUGUGAAACUAUGUCACUCAGGAUGAGCUUUGCUCACUAUACCCUAUCUGCAUUAGUAAGUUUGAUUUUUAGGGUAGAGUAAAAGCAAGUAAUGCAUAUAUACCUCGAUGUUGAAAACUAAAUCAGACCCAAGCAACAUAAUGUUUAAUUGUGUAAUGUAUUAAGGACUUGGUUCAAGAUUUGGUGAAGUUUCCCCUAUCUUAUUGAGCUGAUAUUGUUAUCAUGUUAAACAUGAAUUGAUGCAUUAAAGCAAAUUAACAACAAAGCUCAAAGCUCUUCAUUGUUGUUAGGAAGAAUAAUUAAUACCUUGUCAGGUGAGGUUUUAAGUCUUAAGUUAAAGAAAUGUUUGGUCAUUAUUCAUAUAAACCUUAUUUCAUGUAUACAAGAUAAUUAGUGUUGCCUGAGACAGACUAAGUUGUUGGAUCUCAUUACUGUAGACACCUGCAAAAAAAUUUAUUGGAGUUCUUGGGUUAAUACACUUCUAUACUUGACCAUAAAUGGCCCAGCUCAUCUUAGGCAGAUCCAGGCAAAAGAAAAGGGGAAAAUCUGCACUAUAAUAGCUAUAUGUCGUAUAGUGAUGUGGGUAUGUCAUGGGCAAUCUCUCAAAUUUUACUCUUUUUUUCAGAGUACAGUAAUGCACAUAUAACAAUCAUAUCAGAACUUUAUCAUAAGGAAGUGGUGAAAUUUAUCAUUUAUAUAACACCUGAAUUUACUGUUAUACGAAGUAAUAGUAUAAAUUAUAAAUGUCCAAUACCUGUUAUAAUGUGCAAUCAAAAGUGGUGCUCCGAGUUUCAAAUAACAAGGAGUUAUUCGAGUAAGUCUUUUCACAAUUGCUGGAAGACCUACCGUAAUGACAAUUUAUUCUUCUUGGCAAGUGGCAACUUACUUCGUAUAUGGACAGUACAGUAGUUCCUUACUGUUUCAAGUCCAGAAGGUGAAAAUUCCUUACUGAUAUUUACAGAGGGCCUCAGAUAGUGCAGCUAACACACACUGCUCCACCUUAUAUCAGGUCACCAUUAACUUAGAAAUCAGCACUGUAAGACAGCCUAGGGGACUGUUUCUUCAGUCUAAUUAUUUAUACAACAAGUUGGGAGAUUGUUGUGACAUGAAAAGUGAUCUGUUGCCUGAGUUAAUUUCUGAAAGGUUUACUAUACUUGACAGGGAUAACCAAGCCUUUCAGAUAUUGUACCCAGAAUCUAAAUUUUUGAAAGAUGUCAGUCACAUCUACUGGGUACUGCUCAGCCAAACAGGGUAACUAAUUACAAAUGGUUCACAAAUGCAUUUGCUGUAGGUCAUUUCUGUCCAAAUUUUAAUUGCCCAAACAGGGCCCACUGUGAUGACCUAUGGUUGUCUUAACUUGCUGAUGGCAUUUGAAGAAGUAUGGGAUACAUCAGCAAUUUAAGAAUUCCAUAGAAAAAUUUCCUAUUUUUUAAUUGGCUGUUGUAAUAUAUUAGGAACCAUAUUAAUUUGCUGAUACAAUAGUGAUGCUUGCUCAAUUAUAAUGUUGGUCACUUGUACAGUUUAAUAAGGUAUUGGAGAAGAGAAGUUAUAUUUUUUGGUGAAAAUUUAUGUAUGAUAUCUUGAAUAAUGAAAAAGGUAUAUUAUCUUGAUGUACAAUAUAUGUUAACAGUUUUAUCUGUAGGUUAGUCGUAGGAUACAUCGUAGCAAGUAAUGUUUAGUGUAAAUAGUGUAAACCUUAAGAUCAAUAUUAUGAACCAGUAUAUUGUAUGUCAUUUCAUCAUGGAUGAUUGCAUUCACUUGUCACUGGUAUUAUUUCCUAUUUUCAUUCCGUCUCUUUUCAUAGUGAAUCCAUUGAUCAUUGUGUGUAUUGAUGUUUGUGUUACUCAUUUGCCAUUAUGUACAAGUUUGUUAGUCAGUAUUCUGCUUUUAAUUAGCCUGUGACUUACUCUCAGAUGUUUAUCAUAUAAAGUAUAACAAACAAAA